AUGAGUGAGUGGAAUCCCCAACCAACCAUGCCAUUCCCAAUUUCUCUAACCCAACACGCUUUCACUUUCCACCUUCAUUUUCCAGGAAAAUAACCUGCUAAUGCUAACCAUGCUCAAUUUCCCUUUGCUCUCAGUCUCUGAACAUGCCUUUUCCUACAACCCCACCAACUACACUUCACUCUUGCAACCCACCUUUCAAAACCUCAGCUUGAAGUCAAAGUUUCAAUGUUUAGCUUUUGGAGAGUGUGGAGGAAGUGAAUUUGCAUCUGGGUCAUGCUCCAAUGCUCGGAGGAGUGGUGAUUCAAGAGCAAGAGGUCGUAGAAGAAAAGGGGUGUUGUCAAAAUCGACGCUGAACGUGGAACAAGUGGUAGAGAGUGAAGGAGGUAGGGGGAGAGUAAAGGGUGUUGAAGGGUUUGAUGCAAUUGUUAUAGGGUCUGGGAUUGGAGGGUUGGUUGCAGGGACCCAGCUUGCAGUGAAAGGUGCAAAAGUUUUGGUUUUGGAGAAGUACGUGAUUCCUGGUGGAAGCUCUGGUUUUUACCAAAGGGAGGGGUAUACUUUUGAUGUGGGUUCUUCUGUCAUGUUUGGUUUCAGUGAUAAGGGUAAUCUCAAUUUGAUAACACAAGCGUUAGAAGCAGUUGGGUGUCCGAUGCAGGUGAUACCUGAUCCCACAACCGUUCAUUUCCAUCUACCAAACAACCUUUCUGUUCGAGUUCACAGAGAAUAUGAUAAAUUCAUUGAAGAACUGACUUGUUACUUUCCCCAUGAAAAGGAGGGUAUCCUCAAAUUCUAUGGUGAAUGCUGGAAGAUUUUCAAUGCCCUGAAUUCGUUGGAAUUGAAGUCACUAGAGGAGCCACUCUACCUUUUUGGACAGUUUUUCCAGAAGCCGCUUGAAUGCUUGACACUCGCCUAUUAUUUGCCUCAAAAUGCUGGAGCCAUAGCUCGGAAGUACAUUCAAGAUCCAGAGUUGUUGUCAUUCAUAGAUGCAGAGUGUUUUAUAGUGAGCACAGUCAACGCAUUGCAGACUCCAAUGAUCAAUGCUAGCAUGGUUCUAUGUGAUAGACACUUUGGAGGGAUUAACUACCCUGUUGGGGGUGUUGGUGGGAUUGCAAAGUCUUUAGCAAAAGGUCUACUUGAUCAGGGUAGUGAGAUACUUUACAAGGCAAAUGUCACUGGUAUUAUAAUCGAGCAGGGCAAAGCCGUAGGAGUAAGGCUUUCAGAUGGCAGAGAGUUCUUUGCCAAAACCAUAAUAUCAAAUGCUACCAGAUGGGAUACAUUUGGAAAGUUACUAAAGGGAGAACCGCUUCCAAAAGAGGAAGAGAACUUCCAGAAAGUUUAUGUUAAAGCUCCAUCUUUUCUUUCAAUUCACAUGGGGGUUAAAGCCGAGGUUUUGCCUGUAGAUACAGAUUGUCACCAUUUUGUGCUUGAGAACAAUUGGACCAAAUUGGAGGAGCCAUAUGGAAGUAUCUUUUUAAGUAUACCAACUGUUCUUGAUUCAUCAUUGGCUCCUGAAGGCCAUCAUAUCCUUCACAUAUUCACAACUUCUUCUAUGGAGGACUGGGAGAGUCUCUCAGGAGUAGAAUAUGAGGCAAAGAAGCAGCAUAUAGCAGAUGAAAUCACAAGUAGAUUAGAGAAGAAAUUAUUUCCAGGUCUUAGAUCAUCCAUCAGUUUUAUGGAGGUAGGGACACCAAAGACACACCAACGAUACCUAGCUCGCAAUGAGGGAACCUACGGACCAAUGCCACGCAGAAUUCCAAAGGGGUUAUUGGGAAUGCCAUUUAAUACCACAAGCAUAGAUGGUCUUUACUGUGUUGGUGAUAGCUGCUUCCCUGGACAAGGUGUUAUUGCAGUAGCUUUUUCAGGAGUUAUGUGUGCUCAUCGAGUAGCUGCUGAUAUUGGCCUGGAGAAAAAGUCACCUGUUUUGGAUGCCAUGCUGCUUCGGUUGCUUGGAUGGUUAAGAACACUGGCAUGAGGUUUAAUAUAGGAACACGUGUUGGAUGCAGUAUCAUCGUCCUUUGUGCAUAAGAAGCUCAACUUUCGCUACAGCAUUGGUUCACUGCAUAUCAAGGUAUAGAAGUGCCUAUUUUCUUCCACAAUUUUCAAGAGUUAGCAAUCUGUCACAGAAGGUAGCUGAUGUCUGCUGUAAUUUGAUUCACGGACACACUAUACAUGGUCUUAUUACAAUCCCGUAUAACCUUGUAUUACCUUUUUUAUUUUUAUUUAUUUGAGGGGGAGGGAGGGAUUGGCUGUGAAGUGUUUAAUGUAAAUGAACACUGCAUGAGUAGUUUUCUUUUAUCUUCCUUGUGAACACAACACACACGCACAAAUAGACACAUGUUACAAAAUCAAUUUAAAUUAUGUGCUCCUU